GCAAACCUCAUCUGCACCGCGGGCUCGGUUAAAUCUCUUCGGCCACUCCAAAUCUGAUCCCUGCAAUUUGUUUUUAAAUUCGUAUUUGUUGAAAUUUUGAAGCAAAUUUCUAGAUUUCAAAAUGAAUGUGAUUCCUCGAAUCCAAAAGUCAGCGUUGGGGAUGUGUCGCCGCAAUCUGGGGAUUUCUGCCGUAUUAGCCCAGAAGGGGCAAGCGACCGACCCCAUCCAGAAACUGUUUCUUCAAAAACUGAAAGAAUAUGAUCAAAAAGCCAAAGCAUCGCCAGGCAAGCUGGUUGACAGCAACCCCCAAAUUGAAAGGGAAUUUAAGACCGAGAUGGACAGAAUCGCCAAGAUUUACGGUGGUGGUGCAAAUGUCGACAUGACUAAAUUCCCUAAUUUCAAUUUCACAGACCCGGUCGUGGAUCCCAUUAAUCAACAAGCUCCAAAGUAGACGGUGAAGUCCACCUUAAUAAAUCCUAUUUAGAUGUAUUAAAAAUUAUGUAAAGUCAAAUCUUCAAUGUUCAAUUGUUAAUUAAAUUAAGAAGGAUUAUACGAAUAUGAACAACGUAGUCAACUCGGUUCAAAAUCGAACUUGCUAAUUAUAUGUAAAAUAAAUACACUAGAUGCUGACAGAAAUGAA